AUGGAUAAUGUGUUCCUCUCUUCGUCUAAAAUACCAGCCAUUGAGUCGUCGACUGGUAUUUCUGAAGACUUAGGUCUCGGCCCGAUUAGGGAUCCAUUGACGACAGUCAUACCGAUGACAAUAGUAUACGCUCUCAUACUAAUCACUGGAGUUAUCGGCAAUUUUAUAACAUGUUUGGUAAUCGCACGGAACCGGUAUAUGCAUACGGCGACCAACUAUUAUCUGUUCAGUUUAGCCAUAUCUGACUUACUGUUACUUGUGUUGGGUUUGCCUCAAGAGAUAUACCAGUUAUGGCAGAAAUAUCCGUACGCUUUCGGCGAAGUGUUUUGUGUGAUCCGCGGCAUGACGUCCGAGGCGUCCACCAAUUCAUCUGUGCUCACAAUAACUGCCUUCACUAUCGAGAGAUAUGUAGCCAUUUGUCAUCCAUUGAAGGCCCACACGAUGUCAAAGUUGUCGCGAGCCGUGAAACUCAUAAUAAUAAUGUGGAUUCUGGGCAUUGUGUGCGCCCUUCCCAUCGCCUAUCAGUUCGGCAUUGUUUACGACUUCAGUGAUGACCGACAGAUCCCAGAAUCGGCCGCCUGUUCUAUAAAGCGGACGAUUCCGUACUUCAAUGAACACACGUUUACCAUCUCAUCACUGCUUGUGUUUGUAAUCCCAGUGACUAUAAUAUCAGUGCUCUAUAUGUUGAUUGGUUUAAAACUCCGCUAUUCAACGGCCGUCCGAAACAAACAAAUCGCUGCAAACAAUACCACCGAUCAGGACGUGAACGCCCGCAACGGCUCCGCGUAUUUUAAAUACCAGUCAACCAAAAGACCGCUUGACUCCAAGAACUCGUCCAACGGUUCCAAUAGUUUGUCACAACGACGGGCUGUCAUCAAAAUAUAUUUUGCUAUCAAAUGA